AUGGCGACAAGAGCCACCCGCAGCUCUCGAUUCGUUCCGAACAUUCCCUCGUGUGAUCAAUCGCCAAAGCCGAAAGUAUCAAUUAACCAUUCGGGCAGUCCCCCAGCGCAUACGUCGAAACCUUCUGAACCUGCACCGCCUAAUCCUAAUAUCACCAUUAAAACGAACGGCUCAAAGGCUGUGGGAACGUUCAGUGGAGCUGAGGGCGAUGCGGGAGUAUCAAAAAUAGGACAUACGAAAAAAGUUAUGGUAGAGAAAGGGACGGCUGAAAUCUUACAACGCGGUACGAAAAGGAAAGCGACGGUAUCGAACUCAGAAGGAGAACGCUCUAGUGAGGAAGAAGUUGAAGCAGAAUAUAAAGUCAAAGCGGAAAAGCGGCCGAAAAAGAACAAAGUAAAGGAGGAGGCUACGAUAGAAAUGAACCCACUAGCAUCUCGAACUACAAAUCUGCGAAUGUUUGUUGGAGCUCAUAUUAGCGCCGCAAAAGGGGUUCAAAAUGCUGUUACAAACAGCCUUUACAUCGGAGGAAAUGCCUUUGCGCUAUUUUUAAAAUCGCAGAGAAAAUGGGACAACCCACCAUUACAGAGCGAGCAUCGAGACCAAUUUCGGCAACUUUGUUUAGAUCAUAACUACGAUGCUUCGAAGCACGUUCUUCCUCAUGGCUCGUAUUUGGUGAAUCUGGCUCAAGAAGACCCAACAAAAGCAAAGCAGGCAUACGAUUCUUUUCUUGAUGAUCUGAAACGUUGUGAAGAGCUUGGUAUCAAGCUCUAUAAUUUCCACCCGGGCGCAACCAACAAAGCCUCCCUAGAGUCUUCAUUAUCACGAUUGGCGCAAGCUCUCGUUUCCGCUCUCAAAGCUACGACGACAGUUGUUCCAGUCCUCGAAACUAUGUGUGGUCAUGGUACCACGAUAGGAGGGCCAUUAUCACACUUCAAAUCACUCCUUGCUCUUAUUCCAGACACUUACCGUUCUCGCAUUGGUAUAUGCGUGGACACUUGCCACAGUUUCGCUGCUGGAUACGACCUCCGUAGCCCCAGCAGCUGGAAUAGUUUCAUGGAAGAAUUUGAUAAAGAAAUAGGCUUGCAGUACCUACGAGCUUUCCACCUGAACGACUCCAAAACCCCAUUGGGUAGCCGACGAGAUUUACACGCAAAUAUAGGAACUGGGUUUCUCGGUCUGAGGGCUUUUCAUAAUUUAAUGAAUGACAAGAGAUUAGAAGGCAUUCCGAUGAUCUUAGAAACACCUAUUGACCGACCUGCGAAAUCGGAGGCAGAGAUGGCUACUGGGAAACCAGACGACGAGAACGGCGUUUGUAAGGGCGAUCACUCGAACGAAACGGAUUCCAAGAAAAAAAAUAACUCUGCCAAAAAAGGCCCAACGAAGAAAGCAAAACCAGGCAAGUCGGUUAUGAUUGAGGAUAAGUCUAUAUGGGCGAAGGAGAUCAAGAUUCUCGAAUCGCUUAUUGGCAUGGAUACUGAAAGCGACGAAUUUCUUAGACUGGAGGCGGAAUUGGCGGAGCAGGGGAAGGAAGAAAGAGAGAAACAUCAGACAAUGUUUGAUAAAAAGCAAGAGAAGGAGUCGAAGCAAAGGGAUCUACGGGAUAUGUUUUCCACAAACGGUAAAGUGAAGGGGAAGUCUAAAGCUAGCACCACUAGUGCAGGAAAAAGGAAGAAAUCAAAAGAGGACAACACUGAUUAUUCAGACUGA